AUGUACGCUACGGAGAACGGUGCUUGGGCAGCGUUUUUGUACAGACAUUCGGAGGCUGUAAAAAUCGCAGUAACUUUUCGAUUUCUAACGACUUACGAACUCCAGCUGACUGUCACCGUGGACCUAGUAUGGAAAUGGUUCAAAAGAAUUACCAAGAAAAAAGUUUUCCUGAGAACUGGAUCAAAAAAACAAGAAGAGUCUAGCAGCAGCGCUUACGUCAAGGGUUGUAGGUCAUUAAGAAACUUAAAAAAUUAUAUUUAUGUAGUUUUGGCAUUGUUUGCACUGACCGGUGGAGCCUUCAAAAAUCUAAGAGAUAUGUUUGCUCUGUCACCGGAUCACACACUAUAA